AUGGAAAAGUUACGUCAAGUUGUCCACCGAGAGCGAAGAAAGAAGUGUCCAGCCUUACCUAAAAGCAUCGACGAAGCAAUUCAACUUUUGAAAGCCAAUGGUGAUCUUUUUAAAACCAAUCAAGGCGAAGAAUUUAUUUUUGUAAAGGAAAGCUCCAAAAUGGUAGCUGUAACUUGCGUUAAGAACCUUCAAAUGUUCCAUGAGGAUGUAUUGCUUUUUGCUGAUGGGACUUUUUCGUAUUGUCCAAAGUAUUUCAGCCAACUGUAUACCCUACACGCCUUCAAAAAUGGCUAUUAUAUUAUGCCCUUAGUUUUUUUCUUCUUACCCAGUAAAGAAAGAAAAACUUACGAUGCUAUGUGGACUUUUUUGAAUGAAUUGAGUAUCAAAUACACGCGAAAGGAAUUGAAAAUUAAUAAAAUUUACAUGGAUUAUGAAAUUGCAGCUCACCAGUCUAUUAAAUCGUUUCGGAGCAGUUGUAUUAUUAAAGGUUGCAGAUUUCAUCUCAGUCAAGCAUGGUACCGUAAAAUCCAAAAGGAUUUCCCUCUUAUACGAAGAGAAUAUGAAACUAAACAUUCGGAAAUCGGCGAUUGGGUCAAGUGUUUUUUUGGUCUUUCGUUUCUACCGCCAAAUGAUGCCGAAGAAGCCGUAGCUGAGUUGAUUGAAAUUUGUCCUAGUCAAGAUGUAAUACCAUUCUCCGACUAUAUAAUUGACAACUACCUAACUGAUGAAUCAUUAUUUCCAACUCAACUAUGGGCUGAUGCACCGGAUGACUUACCAAGGACAACAAAUGGACCAGAAGCAUUCCAUAGAGUGUAUAAUUCGAUGUUUUCUGCUCCUCAUCCGAAUAUUUGGAGAGUAAUAACCUCAUUACUAGAAAUACAAAUCGAAACGUAUUUGAAGAUUACUGAUAUAGAGUGCAAUAAGAUUCGGCAAAGUCGUAAACCAGAAUUACAACGUGUCAAUUCUGUUAUUGAAAAAUGGACUCAAUAUUCUAGGCAAGAAAUUACGAGAUUACAGUACCUACAAGCGUUAGGUCAUAAGUUUAAGGGAAUAAAAAUAUGA